UGUCCGAUACGUUUUCAAGUUAACAUGGGUACGUUAUUUGAUACGCGCUAUUAUCGUGUACUGAAACUAUUUUGCUCGGCAGUUGGUUUAUGGCCAUAUCAGGCGCAGUUUAAAAAAAAAAUCAUCCAAUCGUUCAAUAUAAUUAUACUGCUCUCCUAUUUUCCAGCUCAGCUGAGGAGAUUGUACAAGGUGUGGGGAAAAGACAUAGACGCGAUGUGUAUAUGUAUACCACCGAUCUUUACCAUUUUAGUAUGCAUAGCUAAAAAUGUGACUAUCAUCCGAUUCAAUACAGAGAUAAAAAUGCUACUGCAUCAGAUUGAAACUGAUUGGGAAGCACUCGCAAAGGAAGAAGAAUAUAAAAUCUUGGUGAAUUACACAUCGAAGACGAGGACUUUAUGCAUUGUGUAUUCAAGUAUGGUGAAUAUCCUUAAAUAUGGCGAAUAUAUAUGAUGUUGCUUUUGUUUUUUCAGCUAUGUUGUGUAAUUUACUUGUGUGCUUUAUCACGAUGCCGAUGCUUUCACCAGUGAUGGACAUUAUCCUACCUCGUAACGAGACGCGCGAGAGGAACUUAGCUUUCGAUCUCGAUUAUGGCAUCGACCUACAGUCCAAUUGGGUAUGGUUGUGGCUGCACAAUUGUAUGACAUCUGGGGUGACUAUAUUUAACAUUAUUAGCGCAGAUCUAAUAUAUGUUACAUUGGUCGUUUACAGUUGCUGCCUGUUUGCGAUCGUAAGAUAUAAAUUAGAACACGUGACAAAACCGAUUGAACGACAUGCUCUGCAAUUGUGUGAGAAUUAUAAUUAUAAUACUAAAUAUAACGCUCAUCAAUAUGAAAAUUACCAAAGGAAAUCGAAAGAGGAAACCUGUAGUUUAAAAGAAUGCAUUAUUAAUCACAAUAAGGC